UGCAACUAACACACUUGCAAUUCAUAAAUGUGUAUCUAACAGCAACAAAAAUUUGUACUGUCAAUGUAUUGAGUACCGUAAUAAUCUUUUUUUGAAAAAGAAACAGGAAAAAUUAAAAAAAAACAACAACCCAUGUUUCAAAAAAGUGUUCCCACUCUGAUUGGGCUUAGUGGUGUUGAAUGUUGAUGAAAGUUAUUGAGAAAGGGGUGGAGUGGAGUGUGGACGUGGAGAAGAAAUAAAUUAUUGACGUUUUUCAUAAAAUUCAAAAAAUCCUAUUUCUACUACCAGACCAGCUGCUCUGAUAGACUAGUGGCAAAGGCAAGUGGCGGUUGAGUUUCGUUUCGGUGUCGGUGGCGGUGGCCAGUGUUGAGUUUUCAUUCGUAGAGAUAAGUUGUUGUGCCCGUUACGGUCGCUAUAAUUUUCACUCAUAAUUUAAUUUUUGUUUUGAGUAGAAACAAAAAAAAAAAAAAACAAUUUUUGAAAAAUUAUUAAAAACAUUAACUUUUUUUUGAAUGUUUUAUGUUUUCAAUGUGAAGUUAACAGAAUAGACUUUAUGUGAUAAAUAAAAAUAAAGAAAAUUACCAUACGGAAUAAACCUGGUUACACGGAAAAAUAUAUUUUUUUGCUAAACACAACAAUUAACAAUAAUUUUAAAGCCAUUAAAAUGUUGCCACAACAGUAUUGCCUACGAUGGAAGUAUCAUCACAGCAAUCUACAAACCAUGUUCUCACACUUACUCGAUCGUGGAUGCUUUUGUGAUGUGACAUUAGCAUGCGAGGGACAAUUAAUUCGUGCCCAUCGAGUUGUUCUAUGUGCGUGCAGUACAUUUUUCGAUCAAGUAUUAACAAAUUACGCUAGCGAAAGAGAUCCAAUCAUUAUUAUUAAAGACGUAACAUUUUCCGAUGUUAAAUGUCUAAUAGAAUUUAUGUAUAAAGGAGAAAUAAAUGUUGAGCAUGCAAGUUUAGCAUCGCUUUUGAAAACAGCCGAUGACCUCAAAAUAAAAGGUUUAGCCGAAGUUUCAUGGAGGGAUGAAGAGACUGACCCAGUUAUGAUGGACCAUCAUUUGAGAAUUCAAGAAAACAUUCCACACAAUGACCAAAGGUCAUCGCCUCGAAAUUAUCACGAUGGACGGCCGCCUUCGUCACCAUUGCCACCAUCAUCGUCGGGCAAUAGUAAUAGUAGAUCGACGCCACGUAUGCCAAUGUUAACACCAAUGCCUUCAUCGAGUGGCGAUUAUGUUGGGCCAAAGAGGAAGAGAGGUCGACCGCCAUUAGAUGAUUCUUAUGAUGUUUUUAGUGCUCCCAAAAUUCCAAAUUGUGCACCUCCUUGUGAAAUGAUGUAUCCCGAAGUUCGUACUCGUCUUGAUUCUUCCCCUCCACCAUCAGAAGCAGAACAACAACAACAACAACAACACCAACAUCAUAACACACCCCGCGAUUCUGAAGAAACAAUACAAGUAAGUCCCGAACCGCCAAGAGAAUGGUCACAUCAGAAUGUUGAAGAGGAUAAUACCGCUGAAGCUCAUCAUAACAACAGUACAGAACAAUCUGCUUCACAAGAAACAAAUCCAGGUUCUAGUUCUGACUUCUAUCCAAAUCCUGAAUCCCAUGAUCAAGAAAAUGAUACCGGUGAAGAAAUCAUGGUCGAAGAAGAACGGAAAUAUUCAAUUGAUCAGGACUUAAAUGAAAUCGGUGGAGAUGACCAAGAUGAACAGGGAAAUAGUAAACUCGAUGAGUCUGAAACAAAUUUGACAAAAGAAGAAUUGGCUCAAUGGGAUGAUGUGGUGAAAAUGGAUGCUUAUUUAGCUACAGGAAGAAGGCCACAAUUUUGGGAAGAACCAUUUACAAAAAGAGUUCUGGAUGCAAUAAAAAACAAAAAGUUGGAAAUGAAAAAAGCUGCAAAAUUAUUGGGCGUAUCAUAUGGAACAUUAUAUGGACGAUAUAGAGAAGUUUAUGGCUGUUUGAAACAUCCAUACAGGCCUAGCACAACAAUGAUGAACCGGUAUGAUCUUGUUUGGCCUCAUAAACGAUCUGAUUUAAAAAUGCGUGACAUAAAAGACGUUUGGAUGAGGUGAAGACUCAUCAACAAUAAUUAACACCAACUGAUAUAAUAAUCUACAUUCCACAACAUAUUAAUUGUACACACAUCUGCGUAUAAAUAUAUUUCGAUAUAUAAAGAUAAAAAAAAUAAAUGUUUAUUUUAUAAUUUAUAUAGAUACAUAAAUAUUUACUUAUGGUGUAUUCGUGUAAUAAUUAUUAUUAUUAAGUAAAAUUUGUUUGUUUUUUUUUUUUCUUAAAGUAUGAACAAAAUUAAGUCCAAAUUUAUAAGAUCCAAAAAAUAAGACAAAAUAAUGUUUAAAUUAUUAUUUUGAGGCUGAUGCUAAGAUUUUAUAUUAUUUAUUUUAAGUUAGUAAUUUCUUUUUAUUAAAAAAAAAAUCACAAAAUAUGUAAAUUUUUAACAGAAAACAAACAAAAAUAUCAAAUCAUAUAUUAAAUAUAAGCAUAUACAA